GCUCGCGAAGCCAGCCAGUAGACUUGAAAAGGAUGUACAAUUCAACGUAUUUUACUACAAGCCAGGUUUUAAUAUUCGGGUACGAUAGCAAUAGCAAACAGGUACACCACCUUGCAGAUAAAUAACUCUGCGGUAUGCUCCUGUUUUUGACCAAUGUUAGCUAAUUUAAUAGCAUAUUUUUACUGCUUGAUUCUGAACGACAACGUCCUUAGCCUGUUGUUAGCUAACAGUAGCUAACGUUCGCUGAAGGUAUUUGGUUGGCCAGUCUUGAUUUAAUCAAGAAGGGAACUACAAAAGCGGCUUUUUAAAUUAUCUGUCAGUUGUAUGCGAGAAAUACAAUAAGGAAGGAGUUAUCUUAGACAAUGAGAAAAACAACUGAACAAGGUGCUGGGUGGUGAGCGAAUAGAAGGCAGUGCGGACGGCAUGCUGAGGCGACUCCACCUGCCCCAGAAUGAGUGUUAAUGAUGGCGAAGGCGGAGCAGCUAGCAAAGAUGGACGGGCCUACAACCUGCAGGUCUACCCACGGCUCUCAGCGGACUGCCCACCUUGCUGCUCCCUCAAAGUGCCCAAGGAGGCCACGGCUGCCUCUGUCAUCCAGGACGCAGCCUCGGCCCUGGGCGUGGACCCGCAGUGCCUCUACGUGCUGGCUGAGGUGAAGGAGUGCGGCGGGGAGGAGUGGGUGCUGGAGUCUGGGGACCUCCCCGUCCAGAGGGUCCUGCUGUGGCCUCGCAAAGCCCAGGAGCAGCAUCCCCAAAGCGAGGGCUUCUACUUCGUCCUCCAGGAGAGGAACCGCGACGGCACCAUCCACUACGUCCACCUUCCCGCCCUCUGCAAGGAGCAGGAGGCCCAGAGAUUGGCGGCCAGAGGCUUCCUCCCCCCGCGCCAGGAGGACUUUGACGACCUGUGUAACCUCCCGGUGCUCAACGAGAGCAGCAUCCUGGAUAACCUUCGCAACCGCUUCCACAAGAAAAAGAUCUACACCUACGCCGGGUCUAUCCUCAUUGCCAUCAACCCUUUCAAGUUCCUACCCAUCUACAACCCCAAGUACGUCAAGAUGUACGAGAACCACCAGCUGGGGAAACUGGAGCCACACAUAUUUGCCAUCGCGGACGUGGCCUACUACGCCAUGCUAAGGAAGAGGGUGAACCAGUGCAUCGUUAUCUCUGGGGAGAGCGGCUCCGGGAAGACGCAGAGCACCAACUUCCUUAUCCACUGUCUGACGGCCCUCAGCCAGAAGGGCUACGCCAGUGGAGUGGAGAGGACCAUCCUGGGUGCUGGGCCUGUGCUGGAGGCGUUUGGGAAUGCCAAGACGGCCCACAACAACAACUCCAGCCGCUUUGGGAAGUUCAUCCAGGUCAACUACUUGGAGAGCGGGGUGGUGAGAGGGGCAAUUGUGGAGAAGUAUCUCCUGGAGAAGUCUCGUCUGGUCUCCAGAGAGAAGAAUGAGAGGAACUACCAUGUGUUUUACUAUCUGCUGGUGGGAGCGUCAGAGGAGGAGCGCAAGGAGUUCAAACUGCUGCAGCCUGAAGAUUACCUCUACCUCAAGCAGCAAAACUUUAAGAUAGAAGAUGUAGACGACCUGCGUCAUGAAUUUGAGAGGCUGCAGCAGGCCAUGGAGAUGGUGGGCUUCCUGUCUGCCACUAAGAAACAGAUCUUCUCUGUGCUGUCGGCCAUCUUGUACCUCGGCAACGUGACGUACAGGAGGAAGUCUACAGGCCGAGACGAGGGACUGGACGUGGGACCACCGGAAGUCCUGGCUACCCUCUCAGACCUGCUCAAGGUGAAAGAGGAGUUGCUGGUCGAGGCGCUGACUAAGAGGAAAACGGUGACAGUCAAUGACAAGCUGAUUCUGCCCUACAGCCACAGUGAGGCCAUCACUGCGAGAGACUCCAUGGCCAAGUCUCUGUACAGUGCCCUGUUCAACUGGAUUGUCCUGCGCAUCAAUCAUGCACUGCUCAACAAGAAAGACAUGGAGGAAUCUGUCCCGUGUUUGUCAAUAGGGGUCCUGGAUAUAUUUGGCUUUGAGGACUUUGAGACCAACAGCUUUGAGCAGUUCUGUAUCAACUAUGCAAACGAGCAGCUUCAGUAUUACUUCAACCAGCACAUCUUCAAACUUGAGCAGGAGGAGUACCAGGCGGAGGGCAUCACCUGGCACAACAUAGACUACACAGACAACGUGGGCUGCAUCCACCUCAUCAGCAAGAAGCCCACUGGUCUCCUGUACCUACUGGACGAGGAGAGCAACUUCCCCCACGCCACUGAUAAGACCCUGCUGGCCAAGUUUAAGCAGCAGCACCAGGAGAAUAAGUACUUUGUGCCCACGCCUGUGAUGGAGCCUGCCUUCGUCAUCCACCACUUUGCUGGGAAAGUCAAAUACCAGAUCAAGGACUUCCGGGAGAAGAACACGGACCACAUGCGUCCGGACAUUGUGGCUCUACUGCGCAGCAGUGACCGGGCCUACGUGCGUCAGCUGAUCGGGAUGGACCCUGUGGCCAUGUUCCGCUGGGGCAUCCUGCGAGCCACCAUCAGGGGAAUGGCUGCCUUCAACGAAGCUGGACGCCGUUGGGCCGCCAAGACCGCAGGUGUGCAGCGCACCACUUCCAGGACUCUUUUGGGGGAGCUGCAGAGGUCCAACACGCCUGUAGAAAGGAUGUACCGGGACAUGCAUGCCCAGAUAAUCAGUUCCAUUAAGGACUUGCAGCUGGACGGUGAGGACCCUCGCAAGCUGCUGCAGUCCUGGGGUCGCCUGCGGUUCCCUCGACACCUCCUUCAGAAAAACAAGAACGCCAAGCAGAAACAGAUCAUACCCAAGAGCCUUCUGGACUCUCGCUCCCUGAAGUUCAUCGUCGGUCGGACCAUCCACGACCGCUCCACCAAGUCUCUGCAUCACCUCAACAAGAAGAAGAAGACCCCCAGCAUCAGCGCUCAGUUCCAGACCUCUCUGACAAAGCUGCUAGAGAAUCUGGGCAGAGCAGAGCCCUUCUUCAUCCGCUGUAUUCGUUCCAACUCUGAGAAGAAAGAGAUGUGCCUGAACGAGACCCUGGUGCUGCAGCAGCUGCGCUACACAGGCAUGCUGGAGACGGUUCGCAUCCGAAGGUCUGGCUAUGGAGCUAAGUACAUCUUCCAGGAAUUCAUUGAGCAAUUCCGAGUGUUGCUGCCCAAAAAUGCCACACCCUCCAAGCCAGAGGACAUCUCAGCCUUGUUCCAGAGGAUGAAUCUAGACCACACCACCUACCAGAUAGGCAAAACCAAGGUUUACCUGAAGGAACUAGAGCGUCAGCAGCUGCAGGACAUGCUGCACAAGGACGUGAUGCGUAAGAUCAUCUUCCUGCAGCGCUGGUUCAGGGCCCACCUGGAGAGGAGGUACUUCUUGGAGAUGAGACAUGCGGCCAUCUUGAUCCAGCGUGCAUGGCAUAGGCACCACAAGGAGAGACGGUGUCAGGCAGCCACACUGAUUCAGGCCGUUUGGAGGGGCUCUAGACAGAGAUCAGAGUACCUCCGCAGGCGGACCAACAUCAAGAAAAUACAGGCUCUGGCCAGAGGACACUCAGCACGGAGGAGGUGCCAUUCAAUACGGGAGGACAAGAGGAAAAAGGAGGAUGAAGAAGAGGAGGCCAGGAGGAGGGCAGAGGAAGAGGCAGCCAGGCUAGUGAGAGAGGCAGAAGAGGAGGCAGCCCGACUGGAAAUGGAGGCAGAGGAAGUGGCAUAUAGGAGAAAGAAAGAGGCAGAGCGGGAGGCAGCGGAGAGGAGGGCGAGGGAGAAUGAGGAGGCACGGCUGAGGCAGGCAGAAAGGGUCAAUGAGGAACCUGAGACACAGGAGGAACCAGAGGCACAGGUGGCAGCUGAAAGGACUCUAGAUGAGAGCCGACAUUGGGACAAAGUGCCUGUCCAGGACAAGGAGGAGCAGAGGGAGGAAGUGGAAGAUGGCGAGGCUGCAGCUAGUUCACCUCCCGAGAAGGUGGGAAAGCGGGAUGCCUCUGCAGUCUCCCAGCCUAAUAAGGGCAACAGUACACAGGCUGAGGCUGGGCCCCAGCCAGAGGAUGAGAGCCAGGCUGUGGAGGAACUGGAGGAAGCCCACUCCGAGGAGCCCGAGGAGGAGGGGACCACAGAGGCAGCUGCCCCCCAGUCACCAGAGAGAUACAAGGGGGCUCAGGCGGCUGCGGAGGCUUCCCCCUCCACAGACCCCCAGUCGGGGCAGAAGAAACUACGACCUCCCCCCCUCCACAAGGCCCCAGCCUCCAGGAGCCAGGAGAAGAGAGAGCUGCGGCGCCAGCGGGGCCUGGAGCACAGCCAGAGAGAGAGUGAGCGGGUCGCCUCGGCAGCCACCAAGGAGGAGCCCGCCCCUAAGGUCAUGGAUCAGGAGGCAGCCAACCGAGCCGAGGGAAAGCCAAAAGGCCGGCCUGAGCGGACAGACAGCAAGGAGAUGGACCAGUACACCUUUGUAGCCUGGAAGAAAGAAGACAAGGGGAAGAAGGAAGCCAAAGCCGCCACCCCUGCACCUAUACGCCCAAGCACCUUACACCUGAACCCCCCUGAGCCAAUGGCUAACAGGAACGGCCAUGAGGUCCUGGGUCCAGGCAACCUGACUCGCUACAGCCAACAGGACGCCAUGAAGGAGAAGGCAGAGAAAUGGAAGGAGAGGAAGAUUGAUGUACGACAACCAGAGAGUACCAGUCCUCCUGAGGCCCACAGCAAGGACAGGAUAAAAAAAUAUUCACAGAGUGGUGGAAACUCUUCAUCUCUUGAUGCUAUGUCCCCUGGAUUGGCUGGUGCUACUUCAAACAGAGAGUCUCCUACAGAGGAUGGGUCAAAGGGCAGCAUGAAGAGGAGGACCCAUGACACCUCAGGCCACCAGGACACUGUCCACACUCACCCCUCCACCCCAGAGAGUAGAUCCUCAGGGUUCCUGAGGAAGAUCCUGAAGAAACGUCCCCAUAAGGAGCCUCAGACCCCUGACGAUGGAGAUCUGACCACGGCCCAGGCCCUGAUCGAACGAGGAGAAGACCCGGCUAGUGGAGGUCGGGUGGUGAGCCAGAACCCCACCAUCAAGAUCAGCCAGGCCACACGGGUCUCAGAGCAGUGGAACGCCUCACUGGACCGGGAGAUUACCAACGCCAAUGAACUCCGACACCUGGAUGAGUUCCUGGGGAAUCAGGUGAAUGACUUCCGCUCCAGGGGGAAGCAGUUGUCGGCAACCGAGGACAUCUUCAUCUCAGCCACCGUGCAGUUCAGAGAGACCAUCAAGGGCAUGUACUCUCUCCCAAAACCCCACAUUGGCUACAACGGUCUGAUGCGUGGCUACCAGAACAGGGUGAUCAUCCUGGCCGGAGACAAGAAGAAGGGUGAGGUGCAGCUGGUGGUCAACCUCUUCCAGUCUGUCCUGGAUGGCUUCAUACGGGGGGAGAUCAAGAAGGAGGAGGCAGAACCAGCCAAGCCUGAUAAAGCUCGGAAGAAGAGGCGGAAAAAAGACAAGGGUAUGGAGAACCCUUUGGACCAUGUGUUCAGCACAUACCAGGUUAACAUCAUGCAGUCCUGUGACCAGUGCAGCUCCUAUAUCUGGGGCAUGGAGAAAGCCUGCAUGUGCAGCUAUUGCAAGAUGGUGUGCCACAAGAAGUGCCUCUGCAAAAUUGUCACAGACUGCUCCACGUUUUGUGUCAAAAAGAGUGAUGAGUCGGGAGGCCUGCACUUUGGGGUGCGAGUCUGUCACCUGACCAGCGAUAAGAACCCUGUUCCCAUGGUGCUGGAGAUAAUGCUGGAGCACGUGGAGAUGAACGGCCUGUACACGGAGGGGAUCUACCGCAAGUCUGGCUCCGCCAACCGCAUGAAGGAGCUCCACCAGCGAAUGGAGACUGACCCCCACGCUGUGUGCCUAGAGGACUACCCCAUCCACACAGUGACUGGGCUGGCCAAACAGUGGCUGAGGGAGCUGCCUGACCCCCUCAUGACCUUCACUCAUUACAAUGACUUCCUUCGGGCCGUAGAACUUCCUGAAAAGCAAGAACAGCUACAUGCCAUCUACAAAGUGUUGGAACAGCUCCCCACCGCAUGCUUCAACACCUUGGAAAGGCUUGUCUUCCAUCUAGUCAGAGUGUCUAAGGAGGAGUCUCACAACCGCAUGUCUCCCAACUCCCUGGCCAUCGUGUUUGCCCCCUGCAUCCUCCGCUGUCCAGACAGCGCCGACCCACUCAUGAGCAUGAGGGACGUGGCGAAGACCACCACGUGUGUGGAGAUGCUGAUCAACGAGCAGAUCCGAAGCUACAACGAGAAGAUGGAAGAGAUUGAACAGCUGGAAUAUGCAGAGACUUUGGCUAUCAAUCAACUCAAACUCAAGAGGCAGAACACGCUGCAUUGGCAUUUGCCCCUCAGGUUUUCUGCUCCAUACAAAGGAGUGGUGGUGCAUGAGAAAGAGUGCUCUGACCUGACGGUGGUCCCUGAGAAUGAUGUGCCGCUGGACUCUGAUACGGAGGCUGAGAAAAACCUGAUGGCGCGCAUCAAGUCCAUCAAACAGGAGAAGGAGGACCUAGUCUGCAGAUUGCCAGAGCUGGAGCAGCCUGGUUCAGACCAAGAGAACCUGGAUUCUGAGGCGUCGGUGAGCUCUGAGAGCCUGCUGGACGAGCGCUGCCACAACUCAGAGCCCGAAGGGAGAGGUUCUCUCCUACUGAAUAAGGCCAAGCUGGCCUGCCCUCCCAAGCCUUCUGACCUGGCCCAGAGACCUAAGGCCCCAGGGGAGCGUUCCUCCCUCCGCAACCUUGGCUCCACCUCCCGGCUCCAGCUGCAACAACACCGCCCCAUCAUCUCUGCCACGGUAAAGCUGCCCCCGGGCAUCCACUCGCAACCCCCCGCUGUGGCCCUCAACCCCCCUGCCAGCCGUGGCUUCAGCCUGAUCAAGAGGCGGGAGAAGCCCGCCCGACGCGAAGACGGCACCCAGUCCCUGUACAUCAGCCCAGACAAGGACCUGUUCCCCUCCUCCUCCCUCUCCAUCUCCACCCCACAAAGCCUCCAGACCACCAGCAAGGCCCUCAGACGCUUCUCAGACCCCAUCAUCCCCUAUACUGACCAGGCCUGACACAGACAGGAGGCACAAUAGAACUCGAUACAGAACUGGAUAUCUAUGGUGGGUCCACUCAGGCAGGAGUGGCCUGGAGGGUACAGUAUGCAGGCUGUUAUUGUUUCGGUUGCUGUUGCCAUGGAAACUGAUCAUGCCUGAUAAUAACAGGAUGUGUCACCAAGCACUUUUUCUACACUUAAUAUAUUGUUGUAGUUUUUUAAGAGACAAAUUAAAUCGAGUUUGCGCUGCAUUUUGUGCGGCUGCAUGGACUCUAUGGACAAAUGUUUUCUUUUUUAAAUACUUAGGUUUCAUGAGGAAAAACUGCAGGUUAUUGCACAUUUCCAUUCCCAGGUCUCCUUAUGAGAAGACCCAAACAUUGUCCUCAAUGUAAAGUCAAUAGUGCCUUGAUUUGUACAUUGUCAGUGUACAAAUUAAUUGGUCAUUUGUACUUUUAAUAUUCAAUGGUGGAGACGGUAUUUUUGUAUGAUACUCUUGUGCUAAUUCAAAGAAAUUGUACCAACUCAAGACAUGAUCGAACGAGGACCAAAACACUUGUGAUCCAGUUAUGGUGCCUUGAACAGCCUUCUCGUCGGAAAUGAACUAAAGCCACGUUCUUCCCUCUCCCACCAUUUCCUCCCUGUAUAGGAACUGCUUUCACUUGUCAAAGGGAAAAUGGGAGCAGCACUAGCCACUUUCCUCCUGGAUGAAAACCGCUAUCCCUUGUCAAGGGCUGCAUGCUAUGUCUUAUAAAUGGACCUUUUAGAUUCUACUUUCUGUAAUGUUUCCGCAGCUACAUACAUAUGGCUUCAGUCAACUGUACUGUACCUGCCACUAAGUCAAUAGGAGGGUCAGGAUCACUAUAGACUACAGACGACCCCCUCUUCAAAAGUUGUUUGAUAUGUAAUACUAAUGAGUGAUUCCUCACGGAACCCAGACAAAAAAAAUACCAUGAUUUGGGGGAUUUUCACGAAAUGUAAUCCAUGGAAUAGUCCUUUGGAGGAAGGAUUGUUGGCGUAUAAUUGAGAAAUAAUUCAUCAAAGUUGGCAUAUGUAUGACAUUUUGGCCUUACCUAGGCCUCCUUUUAAGGCUCCAUAAUAUUUCAUCUGUAGAUGCUAAAGCAAAGAUUGGUGUCAUAAGAAGCUUUACCUCUUGCUCUGUAAUAUGAGUAGUAUUUUAAUUUCAAUAAAAUGUUUUUUACAUUAAUUUAUGAAUAUUGACAAAUAUAAAUUGAAUAUUGAAAAUAUACCAUUUUUGAUUUGGCACAUUUUUCAAUAUAUUGUUGAACAUAAUAUACUCUAGUCUUCAGGGAUAUAAAAAUUCCAGAGUGGGAUCUCUGCUAGUUUUCAUGUUAUGUCCCAUUUUAUUCAGAGAAAUUGUCAUAGUAGGCAAUGUAGCCAAUCACAGCCCUUCUUUUAUCAUUGCACAUCCUGCAAAUCACCAGCAGGAGCGAACAUUUUGAAUCCAUUUUCACAUUCACUCUGUUGGUAAUGCUUACAAAUUGGAUCAUAACGCUAAAAGUAGCAAAGGCCCCAGUCUGGAACUUUGAAAUGCCCGUAGAGUAUAUUAUGUUCAAUAAUAUAUUGAAAAAGAAACGGCAGUCAUUUAUUGAAGUCUACAAGGGCCAUUGUUUGUCUGAGAACAACGUAGGAGUGCUGUAUCGAUAGCUAUGAUUCUAAUCUAUCAUUGCAUAAUAAUCACUGCUCUAUUGGAAAUAACAUUUUCCUAAUCCAGGCACUUGUCAUCUCCCGUCUGGAUUACUGCAACUCGCUGUUGGCUGGGCUCCCUGCUUGUGCCAU